AUGGCCGAAGCAACUCUCAGUUAUCAAACAAUCAAGACCACACAUGCUGCUCGUGAAGCAGAUGAUCAACGUAUUGAAGCUCGGAAAAGAAAUCUCGUUGUUCUGAUAUUGCAAUGGCUCACAGAAGAAGGGUAUGUAGAAGCAGCACGUCAAUUAGAACACGAAACUAAUUUAGAUUUAUGUAUAAUUAUACUAAAAAUUAUAUCUAAUUUUCAUAGUGCACCGUCAUCAUCUCGUCGCAGUAAUGUACCGCAGUUGCCUCGCGUGCCAAACGCUGCUCCUAUGGUUACAACAACUGAAACAACAAAUGGUAACGUUAAUAACCGACCACCAUCAGCUGGUGAUAUUUUACGACGAAGCACGCUUGUAUCUAGAAAGCUAAAUAGAUCUAAUUCAGAAAAGACAAUUGGUCAUCCUCCGCCACCAUCUUCAACAGCAAAUGGGGCCACCUCAAAUGUUCCUACAUCUAGUCAAACAACAACAUCAACGCAACAUACGAACAAUAAUAAUAAUAAUAAUACUAAUACCUCAUUAGAAGACAUGAGUUUAUCGUUCAUGAAAGUUUCAUCAGUGAAACCAUCCAGUGACACUACUAACGCAGGAGCUCAACAACAACAAAACUCAACGAAGAAAAAGUUUGGAACAGUUAUAGAUUAUCGUACUAUUAUUAAUGAUACAAUGCGAGUGAAUGUCGAAGAUAAUGUCGAUCCAGCCGAACGGUUGUUGAAGCCAUUGGGUGGCUACAUUGGUUAUAAUAGUGAAUGGAGAGAACUGGCUCAAGUUAUUAGCAGGGUAUGUUAUGUGUUUAUGACAGUGACUAGAAUUACCUAA